AUGGCAACAAACCUUUAUAAACAUUUUUCCUUAACAGCUAAGAAAAACAGUCUUUUCAUGUCAUCAACAGUUGUGCAAAACACUAGCCACACAAGCAAUACAGAACAAGGUCCUGUGAAACAUUUGCAGCAUAUUCUGAGACCUGCCAUUUUGCAACCCCCUCAAGUCCAAAGAUGGGAAAAAGUUCCCGAGGGAACUCCCAUUUUGCUAAGUGAAAAGUCCUCAAGUACCAGAAUUUCAGCUCCGCUGUCAAUGAACCAGGAUUUCUCAGGUGCUGCGUCAGUAGGAUGCCACAUAAAUGAAGAUAAGAGCUCUUUUAAAAGCUGCAGUUCUGAAUUUGUUUUUGGAGAAAACAUGGUCGAAAGAAUUUUGGGUAUUAAAAAAGUCAGCCAGUCUCAAUGUGAAAGUGAGUCAUACACAAUGGGCCAACCAGUCAAUUCUGCUCUAACAUCAACUAUCAACUCUCCAAAUUCAAGAAUUGAUUCUAUUAAAAAUAUAUCCCUAAUUGAAUCAGCUGCUGCUUUCUCUUCCACACCAACACCAAAAUGCUUGCUGGAGAAAAUUGAUGUUAUUACAGGAGAAGAAGCAGAAUAUAAUGUGUUAAAGAUCAACUGCAAGCUUUUUAUAUUCAACAACACAACACAAUCCUGGAUUGAAAGAGGCAGAGGAGUUUUAAGGUUGAACGACACGGCACGCAGUGAGUGUGGAACCCUACAGUCAAGACUAAUUAUGCGCAAUCAAGGCAGCCUGAGGCUCAUUCUCAACAGUAAACUCUUUGUACAAAUGGAUAUGCAAAGGGCAAACCACAAAAACUUACAGAUAGCAGCAACUGAUUUAGAAGACUACAGCAUCAAACUAUUUUUAAUUCAGUGUCUGGGCACGUCCUCCUCGCGGCCGCGGGCGCGCACCGCCCUGCACUUAACCUAUGCCCGCCCGGCGCUAAGUUAG